AUGCCCUACAUCAUCCAGUCCAUCUUCCUCCUCGUCCCGCCCUCGCUCUUCGCCGCGAGCAUCUACAUGGUCCUCGGCCGCAUCAUCCGCGGUCUCGGCCCCCGCGCCGUGGCCCUCUCCAUCAUUCGCCCUACAUGGCUCACCAAGGUAUUCGUCGUCGGCGACAUCUCCGCCUUUGUCAUCCAGGCCGGCGGCGCCGGCAUGACGACGAGUGCCACGCAGAAAGACCUGGGCAACACCACCGUCAUCGUGGGCCUGUGUGUCCAGAUAGCCUUCUUCGGCCUCUUCGUCCUGGCGGCCGUCAUCUUCGACGUCAGGUACAGACGCGGCCGCGACGGCUUCAGCGCCGUCGACGCCGACACGGCGCAGCUGCGCGACGGGGCCGUCGCUGCCCGCCGCGAGCCGUUUGACUGGGCGAAGCUCAUGAUGAUGCUGUACGCCACGUCGGCGCUGAUCCUCGUGCGCUGCACGUUUCGCAUCAUCGAGUACAUCAUGGGCCCCGAGGGCUAUCUCUUGUCCAACGAGUGGCCGCUUUUCGUGUUCGACCUGACGCUCAUGGCGUUGGUAUGGCCAUUUUCUUUGUCUGGUAUCCUUCCAAGAUCAAGCCGUUUCCCGUGA